CCUAUGAUCUUUAGCAAACUCGACCUCAACCUGUCCCGCGACUUCCUUCCCCCGCCACCUCCCGGUAAGACGCUGUCCCAGUUGUCGCAACCUCAGGCCGGUAUCAUCAUCGGAUAUCUGUCCACUUCGCAGGCCUAUGAGUCUACACUCCGGACAGCCUUUACGCCUGACGAAGAGGCUGCGCUUGCCGACUUUACACUCAACCCUGCUCUUGUCUUCCCUUUUCUUAGUUCCCAAUGGAAACCCGCUACCGGCGAAUCGCACAUGAUUACACACUAUCAGAGCGCCCGCGAUGGCGCUGCGAUCGUUCGCUACCUCGACGAGUUCUACAGCAUCGCCCACGGUCGACCUGCGACAGCGCUCGAAUGCGCACACGUCUCUUUCACCUGCGAUAUCCAGGUACUCAACAUCUGGUUACAUUGGCGUGAGCUGGACGCUAGUGGUGGUGCGACAUACUACAUGAAGAGCAUCUUCGACUGCACCUUGCGUAAUGAGAAUCACCUUCUCGCCGCGCGGGGGCUGCUGUGGAACCAUAUCGAUUAUGCGCUAGACAGCCGGCUGCGCUCGCUGAAAGACGCACUUCCU